AUGUGUGAAACGGCGAUGCCGCAAAUAAAUAAUCAUAAUUUAAUCUUAAAUGAAGAGGAAUGCACGUCACAAGAAAGUCAGCAGCACCUUUUGGCUCAUUAUUCGCGUGGAGUGUUGGAUUCUGGACAAAUGCAACAUGACCGGGAUGAAGAAGAUGAAGACGAAGUUGUUGAUGAAGAUGACGAAGAAAUCGACGAAGAGGAACAGUUUGAGCAGUCAACUCAGCAAACUACCAGUGAUACACCACAGAAAUCGUUGUCAUCAAACCAGGAAGUUGUCGAGUUGAAGCAUAACAUGAUAUAUUUACAGCAUCAGAUUACUCUGUUGAUGAAUGCGUUGCAUGUUCCUGCGUGUAAAUGUGAUAUUUGUAAGCCGAUAUAUCAAAAUCAGUUUGAGCUAUUUACAAAACUGAAAGAAGCAACGUUGGAAUCAUCACCGUCAUUAAAACUCCCAGCAAAACAGGAGCCGGCAAAAGCAACCGAGGCAAAAAGUGAUUCCCGACCUGAAGUUAAGAACCAAUCCAACAUGGCUCAACAAAAGCCUGUUGUUCCUGUCCCUGUCGAGACACCUGUUACACAGACAAUUAACACUCCAAGCAGUAAUGCUACUACAAUAACGAAUGCUCCAACUAUGAAGGAAUGCGAAACUUGGUUGCAACACGUCCUUUCUCAGUCUGGUAUGGGAACAAUUGCUCAACCGAAUCUCGCAAGUUUAGCAAAUGCUCUAGGGUUCAGUUUCCCUGUGCACAAGGCAUUUAAUGGAACCCCUACAGCAAACAGCUAUCCUCCUCCCACUUCUGGCGGUCGUAAAUCUAAGUACUGUUCGCCCGCAGAGAAGAAGGCUGUUGCGGAUUACGCAAAUAUUCACGGAGCGAGCGCUGCUGCCCGGAAAUUUAUUAUUCCCCUACCAGUCGCUGCGUACUAUCACAGGAAAGAAUAUAAAAGAAGUAAACAUUUAAUUUUUGUUUCGCUAAUUUUUAAAAAUCGUGGUUGGUUUUUUUGCGCCACAUUUAGUGAAACUUUUUAUUGAAA